GGCAAGCAGCAAUAGCGUGGAAGAAUAUCACCUCUGACUCAAGAGAGGAGAAUGCAACUAGAAUCCUUACGCAAUCUUGCAAGCAGUGAAAGAUAUGAGAUGGAGAUGCUCUGACCUAGUAAUCAAAACUGACAAUUUGGAGGUAGUUCAAGCUCUCCGCAAAAAUGAGACAACAAAUAAGAAGAUAGACUCAAUAGUUAGAGAGAUCAAAUCUAUUGCAAGUAGUUUUCAAUAUGUUUCUUGUAUUAAGGCUAGAAAGGGUUAACAAUUCCUCUUUUCUUUAUUGUUUUACCCAUUGUCAAAAAAUAAAAAAAGUCCAAGUCCACAAAGUCUGCAAAACGUAUUUUCAACUUUCAGUGACAAUAAUCUCUCUCUUGGGCAGUUGAGCCACCAAUGGCUCUGAAGAAGCAGAACAACUUCUGCUACUUUUAUUUCUGCUGCUGUAUGAUAUCUUCUUAUGCAGUUACAGACACCUUAAAACAAAGCUAUCAGCUUAACAACGGUGAGUUUUUAGUUUCAGCAGGAAAAGUCUUCACAUUAGGAUUCAUCAACCCAGAAGGCAAGCAGACAAUUGGAUACUUUAACCCAGAAAAUACACAGAUUAGCUACAUCGGAAUCUGGUACACUUAUGAUGUAGCUAAAAGACCAGUGUGGAUUGCCAACCGAAACAAACCCGUCUCUAAGAUUUCUGGAGCACUUAAAAUUGAAAAGAAUGGUGAUUUGAAGAUCUUAGACAAAGAUUUGACACACAUGAUAUUCAAAUCCGGUGGAGGAGUUGCCAGAAGAGUUGCUGUGCUCACAGAUACCGGCAACUUUGUAUUACGAGAAAUGAAUUCAGAUGGCUCGGCAGGACACGAAAUCUUAUGGCAGAGCUUUGAUUAUCCAACUGAAACACUUCUUCUGGGGAUGAGACUAGGCUUCAACCUCAAAAGAGGGCAAAAUUGGUCUUUGACUUCAUGGGUAAGUGAUGAGUUACCUGCAACAGGAGCUUUCACACUUGGAGUAGACCCUAAUGGUACCAGCCAGUUGAUCAUGUGGAAAAGAGGGGAAAUUCAAUGGAGGAGUGGAGUUUGGAAAAAUGGAAAAUUUCCAAAUCUCAAAGACUACUUGUAUAAGUUUGAUUAUGUCUCAAAUGAUGAUGAAACAUACUUCACUUUGUCUGCAGAGAAUACCUGGUGGGACAAUAGUUUCCCUAUGUAUCAGAUAGAUCAGAAAGGAGAAGUACUUAAUUUUCAGCGUUCGACAUCGAAAGGAUCACAAUCAUCUUUGACCAGUAUUGUUGACUGUAAAAGACACAAAAAUUACCAAGCAGGGUGUGUGGAGCAGAAGCUGCCAGGAUGCCGGAUCGAUAGCUGGUUCGACAGCAGCAGGGGUUAUGCGCUAUCUGAAGGGUUCAAGUAUGACAAUGGAAACCAACUAUUGGGUAUGGUUGAUUGUGAAGAUAAAUGCUUUUACAACUGCUCUUGUGUUGCUUAUACUUUUAUCUACCCCAAUCAGACCGGGUGUGAGCUUUGGAGUAAUCUUACACAGUUGAGAGAAGAUGGAUAUGCUUCUCCGAGGACGUUGUAUUUUCGAAGACACAGUUUCAGAGACAGAAAGAGAUCAUUGUGGUGGAUGUGGCUUAUAGUAGCAACAGGUAGCUUUCUUGUGCUCCUCUCAAUAGGAUGGUUAGCCAAGAGGACAUUGCACAAACUAGCACGAUUUUUUUACCUGCUAGGUUAUGUUGUACAGCAACGCCUCACAACAUGUCUCACAAAGUUAUAUGAUCGCCUUCAGAGCAGCAUCGAAACAGCUGGAGCAAGCCAGACUGAGGAGAGGAUGUCACUUACUGGUCUAGGUUCCAGUGCUGGACACUCUAAAAGACUUCAAAGAAAAAGAAAGCUCACAAUUGGCAAGAGAAACCAUGGAAUACAAGUGUUCAGUUUCGGAAGCAUGGUUCAAGCAACUGAUAACUUCUCAUCUUCAAAUAAGAUUGGACGAGGUGGAUACGGGAUAGUCUACAAGGGGAUAUUAGCUAAUAAUCAAGAAAUAGCAAUAAAGAGGCUUUCAAAAACAUCAAAGCAAGGUAGAUUGGAGUUCAUGAAUGAAGUUAAGCUCGUUGCCAAAUUACAACACACCAAUCUCGUUAAGCUCAUUGGGUACUGCAUUGAGCAAGGAGAGAAGAUGGUUGUCUAUGAAUACAUGCAUAACAAAAGCUUAGAUUAUUUCCUAAAUGAUCGAGGCAGAAACCUGCUCCUUGAUUGGAAGAAGCGUUUCAAAAUCGUCGAGGGGGUAGCUCAAGGACUCCUAUACCUUCACAAAUAUUCAAGAUUGAAGAUAAUUCACAGAGACUUGAAAACAGGAAACAUAUUACUAGACCAGGAAAUGAAUCCAAAAAUCUCGGAUUUCGGAAUGGCGAGACUCUUUCGGCAUGAUGAAUCAGGAGCAAAUACCCUAAGAGUUGUUGGGACACUCGGUUAUAUGCCUCCAGAAUAUGCAAUGGACGGAUAUUUUUCAAUCAAGUCCGAUGUUUUCAGCUUUGGGGUAUUAUUGUUAGAGAUAAUCAGCAGUAAGAAGAACAAUGAAUCUUACAGCUCAGACCGCUCACUCAACCUUAUUGGAUAUGCAUGGGAGUUGUGGACAGAGAACAGAAGCUCCGAGCUGAUUGACAAAACCUCGAUUUUGAACAAUAAUGACCAUGAAGAAGCAAUGAAGUGCAUCAAUGUCGGUCUCUUAUGCGUGCAAGAAAACCCAGAAGAUAGACCCACCAUGGCAACUGUCGUAACCAUGAUCGCUAGUGAGGAUAAUCAACUCCCUAAACCAAACAAACCUGCAUUUUUUAUAGACAAAGGUUUAACAAAGGCAGAGCAUCCCCAAUAUGAUCUAGAGCAGGGUUCCUUGAAUGAUGCAUCAAUUUCGGAUAUGGAAGCUCGGUAACACUAUGCCAUUCUACAACAUUACUUUGAUUAUUAUUAGUCAAAAAUUACCCGAGUGACCAAGUGCUUGAGAUGGUUGUAUGAGCAUCCUCUAUUAUUAUUACUACAAUACCAAUAUCGUGACAUGCAUUAUGCAUCCUAAAGGCAAACUUUCAAUGUCUCACAAUAAAUUAAGUUGAGAUUGUCAUUUCAGCUAAACUAGUUGGUUGCCUUAUCCUUCCAUUACACCUUAAUACCUUAUUUUCA